AUGAAUGAUAAACUCUUUUUUUCAGUUUGGAGAAAUAUUUUCCUUCAAAGACAUAUUUUAUAUUUUAUAAAAAAUCAAUUUAUUGAUUUUAGUGAAGCACAUCUAUCAAAUAGAAAGCCUUAUGACCAAAUUCAAUCAUUAACAUGGAUGUUAGAAAAAAGAUUAUACAAUAUUAUUAAAGAUAAAAUAAAGUCAGGAUCAAUUUUAAUUAUCAAUACAGCAUCAAUAGACUAUUUAAUUAAAAAUUGUACAGAUUAUGAUACAUUCAAAAUACUAUUCGAAGAGAAGAAAAGCCAAAUUGAAUGUGUCAAUUUAAUCAAAAGAUCAAUAGAACUGGAUUCAGUAUUUUCUUUAGGUACAUUUUUAAAUUUAUAUGAAAAUGAAGAAAAUCAAGAAAAUGAAGAAAAAGAAGAGAAAGAUAUUAUGUCCACCGAUCAAGAUCUUUUAAAUUUUAGAUUAAAUGAAAAAGAAAAUAUUAAUAUUUGGAUGAUGAAUUUUGCAUUAGAGUCAUCCAAAAUCAAUGUUGCAGAGUAUUUAUUAGUAAACAGACCAGUACCACCACCAGAAAAACCAGGUUUACUUUUUCGUGGAGCGAAAUUUUUAUCAAAAUUUGAUGCAUCAUCAAAACCAGACCAAGUAUUGUCUUUUUUAAUAGAAAAGAUGGGUGUGUCUUUAGAUUUAGUAGUUCAAAAUACCAAGUUACCAUCAAUGUUACCAUCUAUAUACGGAAUAACCAAAUUAAAAACUAUGGAAUACCGUUUAGCAUUCUUAAGAAAUAAAUAUUUGAAGAUUAGUUCAAAUAGUCAAAAUUUUCAUCAUAUUGACUCACUAAAAGACAUCGAAAAAAACUCAUUGCCUCUUGAUUUCCUCACUUAUUCACUAUUAUUCAAGUAUCACAAAAAAGGAAAGCAAUAUUAUGAUAGAUUUAUAAAAUACUUAUCAGAGAUUUCUCCAGAAGAAACAACAAUUGAAAAGAUCUUGGAUGACCAUAAAUCAAACUGUAUAAAUCAAUAUAUCAACUACUAUUUCAAAAAGAAUCAAUUAGAUAAAAUUGAACCAUUACUUACACAUUCAGAUACCUUGGUUUUGUUAUUCAGUCUAUCAUUAAAGAAUUUUAGUAUUGAAGGUUUAAAUUUAUUCAGUAAAGCUACAAAUACAGCUAUACCAGUUCCUCGUUCUUAUUUAGAAAGAAGUACCCCAUUGUUUACAAUGAAAGAUAUCCAAAUUAGAACAGAAAGUGAAGUUGUUGAAUUCAUAUCGUUCAUUGCCGAUAAAAACGACAUUGGUAUCUCGUGGGUAUCUGUAUUUCAAAUAUUCCAACAAUUCUAUCCAAUUGAAUUAUUUGACAAAGUUAAAUCAAUCUUUAUAAAGAAGCUGAACAAGACUUUCUUACAAUUUGUAACAGAUUUCAGCAAUAAUCAAUUCUUUGACUUUUUCAAAAACUUUUUCUUUGCCUCUGAACACAAAAACAAUCGAAUUGACACUGACUACAUUGACUUAUUUUUUCAAGUUUCAUUAUUAUCAAAUAAGCAUCGCUAUAAAGUUUUAUUUAAUAAUAUCAAUGGCGAUAAAAUACAAGAUCCAUCCGAAUCAAUAAGAGUAAUUGAAUUUUUGAUCGAUAAACAUUGUCAAGGUAACAAAAGAAUUUUUAGUUCAUUUUUAGGUUUAUUCGAUAUUAUAGUCGAUAAUUUAUCACCACAAAAUUUAGACUCACCCGAAGAAAUUAUUAAAUACUACAACUUUUUAAAAACCGAAAAAAUUCAAUCUUUCAUUUCUCAAUACAACCUGGAGUUACUUAAAUCAGCAGAAAAUAGAUCUUUAGAGAAUUUAUACUUUUUAAAUCUAUUGGAGAUAUUGCUAUUUAACAGAACCAUAACAACAAAAUUUCCUUCGUAUACUUCAGCAUUUAAUCGCUUAUGUUAUAUCAAAAAUAAUUACGGUUUAUCUAAUAUUUUAAAAAAUAAUGGUAGUAGUGAUGGUUUAGAUCAUUCGAUUAAUUUAGACACUAUAGUAUCAAUAUUCAAAAGUAUCAAGAAUUUAAAUAAUAGUUCGGUUUCAAAAUUGUAUAAUAGCCUAUCAGCAAUUUUAAAUUCAAAUAUUUCAUUUAAUCAAAAAAUUACUGAAAUAGUUACUUAUUUAUUUAGUAACCAAUAUUUUAAAAAUUUUGAUUUAAGAUUUGCAAUUAAAUGGCUGGAUCAUUUAACAAAUAAACUAUAUAUGGAUGAAAAUCAAGUUUUAGCUAUUGUUAAAUCAAUUUAUAAUUCGAUUCAUCUACUCUAUAAUAAAACUAGAAAAUCUGAUUCCAAUCAUAUGGAAAAAAUACAAAAAAAUCCACAACAAGGAGCCAGUGCAGAAGAAGAUUACGAUGACGAGUUAGAUCUAUUAAAAGAAAAUCAAAUAUUAUUACCAAUUUUACCAGAAAUCAAUAAUGAAGAAGAGGAAGGUGAAAAUUUUACAAUUCAACAGUUUGUUCAACAAAUUCAACCACCAACUGUACAAUCAUUACUACCUGAACAAAACUCAAUAGAGCAAAAUAUUGCAAAACUUCAAAUAUUUUUAUCAAAUUUAACAAGGAAAAUAAUUAGUCUCAAUUUAUUUAGUACUUUUAAAUAUUUAUUCGAAAAUGGGUUAUAUAGUCCAAAGAAAUUUGGUGAUGCACUAACCGAAUAUAUGAAUAUUAGAAUCCCUAAACAAGUGACAGUUCAAACCAAUAGCGAAUUAACAAUCAAAAUUAGGUCAGGAAAUUUUCAUAAUUUAGAAUGUGAUUUAGAUAAAAUUAAAAAGCCAAAUGGAUAUCUUUCGUUUUAUGUCCUUCGUCCAACUUACGAUAUGCUAUUAUCAAACGCAACUGUUGAACAGUUCGAUUACAUGCAUCGUUUAAUAUUUUCAACAAUGGUUAAUCCUUCAAAGUUAUUGUUUGAUAUUGUUUAUAAGAACCGUUUCGACCUAUUUGAGCAUUUCUCUGAAAAAAUGGAUUACUCUUCUGCAAUACUCGAUUUCAAGACUUUUAAUUUUAUCAUUAACAAUGGAGAGGUUUAUUUUUUAGAAUUAUUAAUCAAGAAAUUUAAUCAAAUUUUUAAAGAACCAGAAUCUAAAAUCAGAUUACCCUCUCAAAUAUUCAAAAAUUCAUUAUUAUCGGGCCACAUUGAAAUUACCAAACUUAUUUUAAAACAUUUCCCUCAAAGCAAAGAUUUCAAUGUAAACAAACAAUUAACAAACUCAAUUAUUCAAAUGGGAAAAUCAAGCUCAAUCAAGUUUUUAUUUGAAAAUAAUCUUUUAAUAAAUUUGGAUUAUUUAUUAAAGUCAAAUAGUUUAACAACAUGUAAUGGUAUAUGGAAAAUAGAUAUUUCUGAAUUUUUUGUUUCCCUUAUAAAUAAAAUUAUUUUAAAACAACAAAAUAAUAAUAAUUACAACAACAGCAAUAAUAAAAAAAGUUUGGAUAAUAAUUUAGAAAUUACUACUCUAAAGAGAAUUUAUAAAAAAAGAAAUAACUUGAUAAUGAAUAGUUUAGCUACAGACUUAACUCAACAGUCAACAGGUGAACAACCAUCAAAAAGACAGCGCGUAAAAAUUAACAAUGAAUUAAAAUUUUAA